AUGCCUGUUAGUACAAAUAUUAUUCUUGGACUGCACAGUGAGUUUCCAAAAAGUCAAGAUUUUUGGAAAUUAGCACCAUUAUUUGCAUUGAUUAAUAAUUUAAUUGAAGUACGUCUGGAUGCAUGGAAAUUUUUAUCUAAAUAUAAACGACCGAUUCCACAUAAAGCAUCUGAUAUUGGAAUUUGGGAUGAUAUUAUUUCAGGUGUAUCAUAUUUAGCUGUAUUAACUAAUGCUGUAGUUAUCGCUUGGACAUCAGAAUUUAUUCCAAAACUGGCUUAUAGUUCUUUACAAUCAACAGGAACAAGCUUGAGUGGUUAUGUUAAUUGGACACUUUCAUCUUUUCCUAUAGCAGAUUAUAAUCUAACGGGUACAAUGACGUCAGAUGUACCAUCUGGUUUGACAUAUUGCCGUUAUCGAGAUUUUCGUGAAUCAACUGGUCCAUCUUAUUCUCACACAUCUGUUUAUUGGAAUGUAAUUGCUGCUCGUCUUGUAUUCAUUAUUCUUUUUGAACAUAUUAUUUUUCUAUUUAUUUAUGUAAUGCAAUGGCUUGUGCCGGAUGUACCAAAAACAAUUCAAGAUAAAAUUGCUCAUGAACAUUAUAUUGAUCAACGUGAACGAUGGGCUAGUAACAGACGUGAAGAAAAUUUUGAACAACCCGAUCAUACUUCUCGAGAGACAUCGAAAAACAUCAAAAAUCUAUUUCAUUUAAUUGAAUAUCCUGUUAAUACUGAAUCGCCUAUCAAUGAUAAAUCUCCUGCUAAUGUUAAAUCUCCUGCUAAUGUUAAAUCUCCUAUUAGACAAUCGAAGAGAAGAAAAAUAAUUCGAACGAGAGUAUCACCGAAAGAUACAUAA